AUGUCGGACGACGAUGAUUUUAUGCAAGAUUCUGGGGACGAGGAAUAUGACUUCGAGUACGAAGGCUCCGACGACGAUGACUCUGGUGAUAUCGGAAUAGAGAAUAAAUACUAUAAUGCCAAGCAGAUCAAGGCGGAUAAUCCAGAAGAAGCCAUCGAUGAGUUCUUGGGUGUGCCAGCGUUGGAACAGGACAAAGGCGACUGGGGCUUUAAGGGACUCAAGCAAGCAAUCAAGCUUGAGUUCAAACUGGGUCGAUACGAUGAUGCUAUCGAACACUACCGCGAGCUCUUGACCUACGUGAAGUCAGCUGUCACGCGAAAUUACUCGGACAAGUCAAUAAACAACAUGCUAGACUUUAUAGAGAAAGGCUCGGAUGACGAAAAGGCAUAUUCUUGUAUGGAGGAAUUUUACCGACUGACGCUCAACACUUUUCAAAACACCAAUAACGAACGGCUAUGGCUCAAAACGAAUAUAAAGCUGGCGAGGCUAUGGCUGGAUCGGAGAGAAUUUACACAACUUACGAAGAAACUGCGAGAAUUACAUCGUGCAUGCCAACGGGAGGAUGGCUCAGAUGACCCCAGUAAGGGAACAUAUUCACUUGAAGUGUACGCUCUGGAAAUCCAGAUGUACGCGGAGACCAAAAACAACAAACGACUCAAAGCACUCUACGAGCGAGCAUUGCGAGUGCGAUCUGCCGUCCCACACCCGAAGAUUAUGGGGAUCAUUCGUGAAUGCGGAGGCAAGAUGCACAUGAGCGAGGAGAACUGGGAACAGGCGCAGAGCGACUUCUUCGAGUCAUUCCGCAACUACGAUGAGGCGGGAUCCAUGCAGCGCAUCCAGGUCUUGAAAUAUCUCGUGCUAGCUACCAUGCUUAUGAAGUCCAACAUCAACCCCUUCGACUCUCAAGAGACAAAGCCGUACAAGAACGACCCUCGCAUAUCGGCCAUGACGGAUCUCGUGGAUGCAUAUCAGAGGGAUGACAUUCAUACAUACGAGGACAUUUUACGAAAAAACCAGGAUGUUUUAGCCGACCCAUUCAUAGCCGAAAACAUCGACGAAGUCAGCCGUAACAUGCGCACGAAAGCCGUUAUCAAGCUCAUUGCCCCGUACACACGGUUCACGCUGAGUUUUAUCUCCAGGCAGAUCAAGAUCUCGAUUUCCGAGGUACAGGAGAUCUUGGGAUUCUUGAUUAUGGAUAAAAAACUCAAUGCGAAGAUCGACCAAGAAAACGGCACAGUCCUCGUUGAGAGCGCCAGCGACUUGGAGCGUCUGCAGGCAGUCCGCGAAUGGUCUUCGUCACUCAAGGGACUGUGGCGGACCGCGCUCAACGAUGGCGAGGGGUUUAGACUCGACGAAGCUGCGCUAUCGCAAAUGGGUCCUAUGCACUCGCCAUUCCAAGCGACGGCAUUCGGAGACGAUACCCGUACAACAUCACACAUUACGGGCAAAGGACGGGGCUGGAGGGGCAAGACGGGAUUUGUGGGCAAAGCGGGAGGCUAUUGA